AUGAACUUCUUGAAGCGCGAGCGCGCGGAGCGGCUCGUCGUCGGCGUUUUCUCCUUCGCGCUCGAGUCCAACGCGUUCAACCCAGCGCCGCGGCGGCUGUCCAGCUUCCAGUUCCUUGAGGGCGACGGCUAUGAGCGCGACGAGCGUCAGGCCGGCUUUGUCGGGCGGCUGCGAGCAGCGCAGCCGGAGCUCUUCGCCGACGUGGACGUGCGCUUUGGAGUGCUUUACCGAGGCUGGUGCGGCGGCGCGGUGCCUGCUGGAGACUUUGCAGCAAUGAAGGCGGCGGCGGUGGAGCGGUGCCGUGGGAUGGUGAGCGGCGGUGAGCGACUCGCCGGCCUUUACUUUGACCUGCAUGGCGCAAUGAGCGCUGAAGGGUCCGACGACGCCGAGGCCGAACUCGUCGAGGCGGUGCGCGGCGCAGCCCCGGGCGGCGUGCGCAUUGCCGCGGCCUCCUUCGAUUUGCAUGGCAACGUCUCGGAGCGGCUCGCUGCGGCGCUUGACCUGGUGGCGGCCUAUAAGACCAUGCCGCACGUCGACAUGGAGGAGACGAAGUUCAAGGCGCUGCGGAUGCUGCUGGCGUGCUUGCAGCGCGCCGUGGAGCCGGCGGUCGUCGUCGUUACCAUCCCGGCCAUCUUGCACGGCGAGACGGUGCUGACGACCGAGGGGCAGGGCCGGCUGCUCUACCGGUGGCUCCGCGACCUCGAGCCGCGCGAAUGGCAGACGCCGGCGCUGGUGGAGCACCUCGGGCCGGCGGACGAGAGCGUGCGGUGGCCCACCGCCGGGCUGCUCGACGCGUCCUUCUUCGUCGGCCACGGAUUCGCUGACGAGCCGCGCGUCGGCGCCGCGGUCGUGCUGAGCGGCGAGGCGUCGGCCGCGGGCCCGCUGGGCGAGCUUGCGCGCGAGAUUGCACAGUGGUACUGGGAUCGGCGCUCGAGCUUCACGUACCCGUCGGGCUCGCCUCUCGUCACGUGGGCCGACGCGGAGGCAGAGGUCGUCUCCAGCGUGGCUGCGGGGCGGCGCGUCCUGAUCGGCGGCCUCGGCGACAACACAAACGCGGGCGCGUCGGGAGACGUGCCGUACGUGUGCCGCCGGCUGCUGCAGCUUGCCUCGUCGGCGACCGCGUGGCCUCCGCACGCCCGCCGCCCGCGCGUCCUCAUCGCGGGGCUCGUCGACUCCGGUGCGGUCGAGGCGUGCGCCGCGGCCGUCGCCGAGGGGCGCGCGGCGCUGCCUUCUGUUCGCAUCGGCGCGGGCGAGGCGAUCGGCGCGAGCUACGGCGACGGCUGCGGGCCGCUCGAGCUGCGAGACGCGCGGGUGCGCGGUCUCGUCAACGAUGGCGCGUGGGCGGUGCUCGACGCGUCGGCCGAGGUCACGGUCGUGCUGCAGCGCGCAGCGUGGGCCUUCUUUGGCCAAGGCGACGUCGAGCGGCUCACCUCGCGCUUCCAUCCGGCGGAGUACGACGUGGUGGUCGUCAAGCGCGGCAAUGUCGAGUCGCUCGCCGCGCACGUGCGAGCGCCGGGCGAGAGCCCGCAGCGCACUGUCUGCCUGACGGCGCAAACGCCGGGCGCAAACGCGCAUCCGUUCCCGCCGCGGCCGCACCUUCGGCCGGGCAUGUGGUGUCCCGGGGACGAGUGCGAGCGAACGUGGAGCGCGCCGGCUGGGGUUUGCCGGAGGACGCGCGGGUGA